AUGCCGUUCCUCAACGAGGUCGAGACUCCCACCCCUAAGUGUGCUUUUGAGAAGCUCGUCCAGGACCUUGGCGAUGCCCUAGCCCCGAACUCAGGCCUUGAUUCUGACAAUGUCGAUCCCAAGGACAUACAACGUCUGAUGGAGAACUACGUCUCGAACUCAGACGAGUGGACUCCAUAUGCGCUGGGUGACGCGUGGUCUCACUGA